CGUUAAAUUCGAUCAGAUGACAGCAUUCAGCAGCACCACCAAUUAUAAACCACUGCAUCCGAACGAUGUUGAAAUGAUUGCACGCCGUUCGACGGUACUUAGGACGGUGCUGCUGCUAGUGAUCGUGUUCUUUGUACUGUUCUGCCUAUUCGGAUACUAUUAUCAACCGGCAGAGGAUAGACACAAUGCCCAGAAUCAGUACUUGGCGGAUGGUGCAUCACACGAAGCCCUGUUGCGCCGGCUAAAGACGAUACUCAGCUGCAACACACCAUCCAAUGGCUACCAGUUGGAAAUGCAUGGCGAUCACUAUCUGUUGCGUAAUUUUUAUGCUCCCGAGCGGAUAUUUAACUGCUACGAAACUAUCACAUAUACCACACACGCAGACUACACCUUUCUGGACAAUGUGAUCCCACUGUUGGAGCGAUGGUUGGCACCGAUCAGUAUUGCACUGUAUGCACCUGGAGCAGAUUUUGGACGUUCAGUAGCACUGAUUCAAUAUCUUCUUGAUUGCCAUCAAAAACGGGCCAUUGUGCGAGAGUACGUCAGCUUUCAUCUGUACUUCGAGUUCGAGCACCUGCCGAAACGGCCACUUGCUUACUAUCGUGAGAUGGUUACAGUGCCACAAGACUGUUCCAAUGCGACUAUCGCAUGGAAUACGUUGCUCACCAAAGAUAAUGAUGAUGAUCUGACACCUACCUACCGAGCAUCAAACAACCUAACCUACCCAGUUAACGUGGGGCGCAAUAUAGCGCGGAGUUCAGCCGUUACGCACUUCGUACUCGCAAGUGACAUCGAACUUUACCCAAGUCCAAACUUCAUACCGAUGUUCCUACGUAUGAUAGCCCAUCCUUUCUAUCAGUACACUCUGCACAGUCCUAGUGUGUACGUGCUGCCCGUGUUUGAGGUAGCUGAGGAUGUUCCAGUUCCCGAGGAUAAGGCAAACCUGCUAGAACUUCUUCAGCGUGGAGAUGCGAUAAAGUUCCACGAGAAUAUCUGCUCCAAUUGUCAUACGGUGCCUGGAUAUGCUGAGUGGCUAACAGCGAUCAAGUACGAUUUCACGAUGGAUAUUCACGUGACGUCCAAAAGGGAAGGAGCGUACGCAUCUUGGGAACCGAUCUACGUUGGGACGAAACACGAACCGGAGUACGAUGAGCGGUUAAGUUGGGAAGGAAAGGCGGACAAAAUGACGCAGGGAUACAUCAUGUGCAUUCUUGGGUACGACUUCCACGUCCUAGACAAUGGAUUCUUGGUGCACCGACCCGGUAUAAAGACGGCCGAGCAGGCAAACAGACCUCCACAGCAAGCGAAACAACGAUCGUUUAUGCGUAAAACUAUUGCACAUGAAAUUGCUGCCCUAUUUGGACAACGGGAAGGUUGCAAAAUUUAAGAG